AUGUCAAGCUAAUUGCUUGGGAUUCUGGGUUUAGACCAUACACUUAAAAUUUUAUGUGACAUUAUUACGAGAAUACCAAAUAUACCAGUCUUGAUAUUUGCAAAUAAAAUGGAUUUAGGUGGGAACAUGACCCCCUCUGAGAUUAUUGAGAAACUAGAUAUUAAUCCCUAAAUGAAGAGAUUUUAAUGGAUGAUUUAAGAAUGCUCUGCUGUAUAGUAUUAGGGCGUUAACGAAGGAUUGAUAUGGUUAACUAAUAAAAUAGUGAAAAAUAGUAAAUAAAAAUGA